AGAGAUUUAUAAACCAGACUACGGAAAACGCCAGAUAAUAGUUUCUUUCAUGAAAUUAUAUGCGAACGAAGUAAUCCGAAUACGAUGAAGAAACGUGUAUUAGUGUUUAGCUUGUUGAUAUUUAUAUUUAGUUUUAUUGCUGGUGAACCUCUGACUUGUUACAAAUGUAGAGACUCUUUGAAAGGGGUUUGCAUAGAUGGUGAUAAAAACAAAAUGAAAACAAUAAAAUGCUAUGAAAAUGAGGUUUGUGUAACCAUUCAGUCCAAAACCACCCAGGGUUCCAACUACUAUAUUACGACGACUAAUGGCUGCGACGCUAGCGAUAUAUGUGAAGAGGAGACCAUAAAUCCAAUGAAAAAUACCAAGACAAUAUUAUGCUUAACUUGCAAUACAACUUUAUGUAAUUCUGGAUCAUUGUAUAAAUCUUCAAUUCUUACCGUGAUGUUUGUCAAUAUCUUUUUAUAUUUAGCACAUACCAUUAGUUUUUCGAACGAUUUAUUUUAAUAAAUACAAUAGUUCUUGACUAAAAGUAUCAGUUUAUAUUGUUAUUUAGUACAUAUACAGCAAUAACAGAAAGGAAGAAAACCAG